AUGGAUACACAAUCGCUAGGUCACUCCAUUGAACCCAUAUAUGGUCGCGAGAUCGAAAGGCAGACCGGAUGGAAAUACAAGGCCUUGAAACUCGGACCUCUGACCCUACCCUAUUAUGCUUCACCUGAGUCGCAGUUGAUCUUGGUGUCAUUCGUAUGUUUCCUUUGUCCAGGCAUGUUCAAUGCUCUCAACGGCCUUGGAGGUGGAGGUCAACUUGACGACGAUGCCUACGCCAGUGACGCUUCAAACUGCGCACUCUACGCUACCUUCGCUGUUGUUGGUUUCUUCGCCGGCACGAUCGUGAAUACUCUGGGCAUCAGGUUCUCCCUCUCUUUCGGCGGCUUUGGAUACUGCGUCUACGUUAGCUCGUAUCUGUGCUUCAAUCACACAAAGAAUUUUGGCUACGUCGUCUUCGCCGGCGUGUUGCUUGGAAGCUGUGCCGGCAUUCUCUGGUCUGCGCAAGGAGCCAUAAUGAUGUCGUAUCCGCCAGAGAAGCUCAAAGGCCGAUAUAUUUCUUGGUUCUGGAUAAUUUUCAACCUAGGUGCUGUGAUUGGCAGUGUGGUUACACUUGGCCUGAACAUCGACAACGACACAGUCAAAGGCAAAGGUGUCAGUAACGCCACUUACAUCGGUUUCUUGAUUCUCACAGGUCUCGGAGCCUGUCUGUCCUGGACUUUAGUCGAUGCAAAGCAUGUCGUGCGUCGUGACGGGUCUAAGAUUAUUCUGAUGAAGCACCCGACAUGGAAAUCGGAGAUUAUUGGCCUGUGGGAGACACUUAGGAGUGAUCCCUACAUAAUCUUCCUAUUUCCUCUAUUUUUUGCCUCCAAUUGGUUCUACACCUAUCAGUUUCAAGAUGUCAACUUAGCGCGAUUCAACGUGCGUACUCGCGCACUCAACAACACGCUCUACUGGCUAGCUCAAAUGAUCGGGGCUCUCGUAUUUGGAUUCGGCCUCGACUUUCCGAAUAUCAGAAGGACUACUCGAGCAAAGUUUGCUUGGGUUAUCAUGUUCAUCCUUACAUUCGCCGUCUGGGGUGGAGGAUAUGUCUUUCAGAGGAGAUACACACGAAAAGAUAUCCAGGAAAACACUGUCACUCAAUACGACUGGUCGACAGAUGGUUUUGUGGGGCCAAUGUUUUUAUAUGUUGCUUAUGGCUUCUACGAUGCAGCCUGGCAAACGUGUGUGUAUUGGCUGAUGGGAGCAAUUACCAACAAUAGUCGUAAAUUGGCUAACUUCGCAGGCUUCUAUAAAGGCAUACAGUCAGCUGGUGCAGCCAUAAUUUGGCGGUUGAAUGGCAAGGGGACCCCAUACAUGAACAUGUUUGCUUCGAGCUGGAUCUUGCUAGCUGGCAGCCUGGUCGUUGCGCUGCCGGUCAUUCUUUUGAAGGUCAAGGAUACCGUGCCGGUUGAAGAAGACCUUAAAUUCACGGAUGAGACUAUCGACGAUUUAGUUACAUACAGACAUUCCGAGCAGGGGAAAGCUUGA